AUGGCCGAGAAGAACAAGAUGCAUCCGCAAGGAGAAAGCUUGUUCUUCCGAAGACUGCCGCAAGAAAUGCGAGAUCACAUCUGGACUCAGCUCUUCUGUUCUACGAGGUUCACUUUUGGAUUGUGGGAAGGCCCGGACUCCCGUGACUGCAAGCGCAUCAAGCCUACACCGAGUGGCCUUGCGAUGCUUCGUACCUGUCGUCGAGCACAACUCGAGAUCGGCGACUCAUGGCUACGCCACGUCCUGUUUUGCUUCCAAGACACCAAGUCAAUGAUGGACCGGCUUUCUGUGCUACCCGCAGAUACACUUUCAAAGUUGCGGCACCUCAGAGUUAGUGAUAAUGCUUUACUUGAGCUGGGUGACCCUGACGACGGCCGCUAUUAUCUCCUAACCUCAUAUUUCAAGCUCCUUCCAGGCCUUCAGCUCGACCAGCUCACGGUCCUCGGUGCCCGUUUAUUUCCGCUCAGCUAUGACACGCUCGACGAUCUCAUCAAGGACGGCAAUGGAUGGAAAACGUUGCACUACAUCUCCCACAGCUCAAAGAUGCUCGGAUUCGCGUCAGGAUACGGCCCCUACGGCCCAGGGUUGGGAGGCAAUCCCCAGUACUGCAGGAAGUCACAGCCAAAGCACUGGCAAGGUGUCUUGGAAGAUCGUGACGGUGUAGCCUCGGGUCCUUCCACGACAAUCUACAGAGCUAAGGAACUAGCCCAAUAUGGUUCGAUCCUAGACCCCAACAAGCGGGUGAUAUUCGAACAAAAACUGCACUGCGGCCAAGAUCUGCAACCGAAUGAAUUUCAUGAGGACCCCCAACUCAUGUCUGGAGAUGAGAAAAAGAAAGAACUGAUGGUCGUUGUGAAGAGGGGCACUGGGGUCAAGUACGAGGAACGGGACUCCCCGCUGAUUGAAUGGGAUUUGCGGCGUGACUUCCCGAAUAUGACGUGGGAAGAGAUUUUCGAUCAUUAUCUUCAAGAACCAGGUUAUCCCCCUUAUGCCGAGGAAGAGGAGAGAAAGAAGAAGGCUUUCAUUUUGCCCAUCCAAGAAGAUUUCUACAAGGACGUUGAUGAGUAUGUGUGGUCUGGGUACCACCUUGACGAGGGAUAUUAG